AUGAAUGUUGAAUUCGAUGGAGAUGCUUUGGCACGAUGGUGGAAAGACAGAGAUGAAAUGAUAAUACUAGGAUCUGAAAAGUGGAAACUUUUGCAAGAACUAGAUUCACUUGUUGAACAAUCUGACUUUACUAUCCAAAGUAAAACUCGCUAUGAUGCUUUCUACAAAACCGAACUUAAUUCCUUUCUUACUUCCCUGGGUAUAAAAACACUCAUCAUUUCUGGUGUUAAAACUAAUUUAUGCUGUGAGACAACUGCCAGAAGUACAUUCGAUAAGAAUUAUGAUAUUGUUUUUCUUGAGGAUGUGACUGCUAUGGAUACUGAAGAAAUGCAUAAG